AUGAGAGUUAUUGCAGCCGAAGAGCAUUUCAGUUCCACCGCCUUCAAGGGCACACUUCCCGGACAUCAUCCUGGGUUCGCUUACCCCACGGAUAAGCUGCUGGAUGUUGCCGAUGGUCGCAUAGCGGACAUGGACCGGAGUGGAAUCACAACUCAGGUUCUUUCUCAAACGGUUUACGAUGUGAACAAUGUCGAAGCCUGCUACAGAACGAAUGAUGAGUUGCACGAAGCUGUCAAGAAGAACCCGGAACGAUUCGCCGCAUUCGCUUGCCUGCCGACAGCUCAUCCUCACGAAGCAGCGUCAGAGCUCAAGCGCUGCGUCACCCACUUGGGACUCAAGGGAGCUCUAAUCAACAACACCGUGAACGGAGAGUUUCUGGAUAACUCGAAAUAUUUCCCAAUCUUUGAGGCCGCUGCAGAACUCGGGGUACCCAUUUACAUCCACCCCAGCUUUCCUACUCCUGAACUGCGAGAGAGCUUGUUCACCGGUGAUCUCAUUGAGCCAGCAGCCGCUUUCAUGCUCUCCACUGGCGCUUGGGGCUGGCACUCCGAGGUCGGUUUGACAGUAGUCAGGCUCAUGGCUGCAGGGCUAUUUGAGAAGCUUCCGAACAUCCAGAUUAUCAUAGGUCACGGGGGUGAAAUGGUCCCAGUCAUGAUCGGUCGAAUUGAAGAUACAAUGGGAAAGGUGAUGAAACAUUUCGGGUACUCCAGGGGGCCUUUGCAAUUUCUUCGCGAGAACUUCUACAUCACGACGAGUGGCAUGUUUACCACAACGCCUCUGAAGACUUUGGUAGACGUUAUGCCUAUGGAAAGAAUCUGCUUCUCAGUUGACUAUCCAUACGCUUCGAACGAAGAUGGGAAAAGGCUCAUCAACAGCAUCGAUUUCCUCGACAAGAGUCAGAUGGAAUUGUUCACCCAUGGAAACCUGGAUCGCUUGCUCGGACUGCAGUAA